AUGGGAAUGCGCGACGGCUUCUUGCGCCGACACGACGGCGACAGAGAAGCGGCGGCGGAGCACGAGGGAGAAGGCAUCCCUCGUGGGGAUGGAGCCCCCGAGAACACGGUUAAGAGCCGUGCGGAUUUACCGACUGAGCUGGUAAGGCCACGGAGGGCAUUCCGGCACCGGCCUCUGCGCGGCCCUGAUGGGUGCUGCGAGGCAGGGGAGCGCCCCGGCGGUGGGGACUUUGUCCCCGCACGGCAACACCAAGACAACUGUGCGUUGCCGAUCGUUUUUUUUUGUUUUGCUGAGGGGACAGGACGCCACCGCGCACGUGCCCCGGUGUUCUCGGCAACGGGGCGCUUCUGCCCUCUGCACGCUUCUCGUUGGGGUACGCGGGGGUAG